AUGAUAUACGCUUUAGAGUACGACACUGGCAAGAAAUACAACAAGUUCCUCCACCACAUCCUGCCCCUCCCCGGAGAGCGCCAUUGCCGAUACCUGGUGCCACCCGUUGGUGAUGAUCAGGAGGGUUUCAUGUGUCUCAUAACCACUCGAUUCAAUAAUGGUUCAACCCUCAAUAAGCAUUACAAAGACAAGCAUACGUGCCAAGUGGACAAGAAUCCGUCUGGCGGUGCUCCUCCGACCGAGGCCCUCGCCGAAGCCAGCAGCAUGAUAACGACACAGACUGGGAUAACCACCCCUCUCGGCACGAACCGAACAUCACGACAGCACCUAGCCACCACCAGCAGCGACCGCAUUCCCGGGGCUUAG